AUGAACGAUUGGGCAGAUGAAUCAGAAUACCUCCACCCAAAUUCUAAAGGUUACGUUAAACCCAUUAACGAUAUCAAUGACCACGAACAACCUGAUAGAAUGGUCCUUCUAAUGACUAAACUAGACGCAGUCUCAAUACAAUUAGGUCGUCUCCAUGAAGAUCUACAAUUCACCAAUGAAAGAGUUUCUACUAUGGAAUCCCUUCUUAAAAUAUAUUCGACUUCUCCAAAACAAGCUGCCAUCAUCAAUACUCAACCUACGGAUAAAAAUCUACACCUUAAACGCAACCUGCAAGCAAAUGUCAAUAAACUGAAUGAAGCCUUUAAAGUGGUAGACAUAAUACAACACCUAAUGAUCAAUGCAGGACAACUACAUGACAGUCAUUUACCUAAUCGACCAAACUCUUUACAUACCCUUAACAUUAUCACUCACAGCAUUCUCUCAUUUAAAGACACUGUCAAGCAACAAUUAUUAAUGAAUCUAUAUGAACAAUACAAUGCUAAUAUUAUUGCAUUACAAGACAUUAAACUAACAUAUUCAACAGUUCGCGCUCUCAAACUCACCUUAGACAAAUCUUAUACUAUCUUAACAAAUACCCAAUUAGAUUCUAACGAAUAUAACACCAGAGUCGCAUUAAUAUUUAAAAAAUAUAUAGCUGAUCACAUCUUUAACCACGGUAGUUUUUGGGGAAGAAUCAUCUAUACAGAUAUCCAACUUCAAAAUAAAUAUUGUAUUCCUAUGCAGGUGAUCUUUGUUGGCGAUCUUAACGCUAAACCUAGAAGACACAUCAAUCCUAAACAUUCUAAUCAAUUUUUUCGAAACCUGGCAAAUUAUAACCUAUUCAAUAUUGGAGAUAUCUGCUAUGAUAAUGCUAACACAAGACUCCCUACCUUCCAUAGAAAUAGCUGCAACCCAAGUAGAAUCGAUCAUAUAUACUGCUCCACUGAAUUAGCUACGCAAACAAUCGGAUUAUCUUCUACUCCAACAGAUCUUUCUGACCACUAUUUACUUAUUGCCACCUUGGAAUACCUGGAACUA